AUGGGUUCUAACUUUGACUCUCAAGCUGCUGAGGUGAUCCAUUGCGAUUGCCGUAUGAUCAGCGGCUGUGAAGAUUCCCAAACGAGUGCAGACGUUGGCAAUGUUGGACAAUUUCAGCUACCUAAUCCCGCAGGACGUUCGGGCGGGGCCUGCACUUCAGCCUUGCUCAAUGUGUUGUACAACAAAAAGAGUUCGGCCGUUACUACAUCUGAACCAUCGUUUGUGGAAGUUUUGCGCCAAAUGAGGAACGAUUUGCAGAAGGGUCGUUUCACCCAGAACCCUCAGCUCUCGUCCAGCCGCAAGAUGGAUCUUAGCACGCCAUUUCAUAUUGUCAAUCGCGAUGCUGACAUCAACAGUACCCGCAGGGCUGUCCUGAUCGGAAUCAACUAUGUGGGACAGCAGGGACAACUCAGCGGUUGCCAUAACGAUGCCAUGAACAUCAAGAAGUACUUGAUGGAAUGUCACGGGUUUGAAGAAAGUAACAUUCAGAUGUUGAUGGAUGAUGGCAGGAGCACCAAUCCAACCCGCAAGAACAUCAUGAAUGCCUUGCAGAGGCUGGCCCUCGAGUCCCAGCCCGGAGAUAGCGUCUUUUUCCACUACUCGGGACACGGGGGCUCCCUCCCCGAUGACAACGGCGACGAAGAAGAUGGCAUGGACGAGACGCUCAUUCCGGUUGAUUUCAAGUCAGCCGGACAGAUUCGCGAUGACGAGCUCUUCGAAAAGUUCAUUAUUCCCAUCCAAGAAGGAGUGACGGUCACUUGUUUGAUGGACUGCUGCCACAGUGGUUCAGUUCUUGAUUUGCCGUACAUGUUCACAGCCGAUGGAAAACCCAACAGCAACCCGCAGAUGCAACAGAACUCCAAGUUCAACUGUGUAAAGAUGGCCAAGGUGGCCAUGAGAGUCUUGCCAGCCGCCAUGAAUGCUUGGCAGAAGGCUUCCAGGCAGGGAAAUGCUGCAGCCGGAUGCAUGACGUUUUGCAUGGCCAUGGCGCCUGUGGUUCAGAGCUUGGCCAAGGACUGGGGGAGGACCUAG